UGGCUUGUCUGCGUAGACUCAAUCAUCAGCAGAGAAGCAAGGAGUAGGAGGUGGAGUGCGGGCGAGGGUAACUUACCAACCCUAAGGAGUUGUUGAGUUUGGUACAUGGGCGGAGAAGUGUUGACGAUGGCGGACGUCACGGCCAACUUGCAAGCAGCAACCACCGCAUCCACCCCUUACGCGCUUCCCACCAAUCUCCCUCUCCUCUCCGCUUUUCUCUCCUUCGCUCUCGCUCAGUUCCUCAAGAUCUUCACCUCCUGGUAUAAGGAGAAGAGAUGGGAUUCUAAAAGGUUGCUUGAUUCGGGUGGAAUGCCUUCGUCACAUUCUGCAACGGUCUCGGCUCUGGCUGUUGCUAUAUGUCUCCAAGAAGGGGCAGGGUCACCCGCCUUUGCUAUUGCAGUGGUCUUGGCAUGUAUUGUGAUGUAUGAUGCCACGGGAGUUAGACUUCAUGCAGGUAGACAAGCAGAAUUGCUUAAUCAAAUUGUGUGCGAACUUCCUCCAGAACAUCCUUGUUCCAAUGUUAGACCUCUGCGUGAUUCACUUGGUCAUACUCCACUUCAGGUUGUUGCCGGUGGCACAUUGGGAUGCAUUAUAGCAUUUUUGAUGAGAAGAUCAAGUUAAGAUGCUAUGUGAUGUGACUGAUACUAAUCCUCUACCUUGUAAAAAUUGUCGGUACAUGGCUGAAAUGAGAUCAUCAUGGAAAGGGCAUAAAAGCCUUCUGUUGCAAGUGAGUAAAGUGCGUUGAAGGCUCACCUUGAAGAUCCUGUGUCCUGACUUAUGGACAUUCAGACUUCUCUUGUACACAGUAAUUAAUUGGUUUGUUAAUUCUGUCUUAAUUGAUCGUUCAACACAUUUUGAGAUCACACUUUUGACUUAUUUUUUCACCUAUUGUUGCAAAUCGAAACUUGGAAGGCAAUUGACACUUGAAUGGAGGUUGCAUUUUGUGUUUCAUCCUCAAGUAGAUUAAGAAGAUUCUUGUUUCUCCAUGGUUAUAACAGUUUGACUUUCGAGCUUUUUAAUUAUACUUGUUUGAGUUUGAUUC